AUUCGGAUGUCGUACCGAAUUAUCGAUGUUUCUGUUCUAACUUCUUUGCUUUUCCCUGGAAAUUUGGAAUUGCUAUUAUCGAAUAAUUGUUCUUCGUAGAAAAUCUAAUAUUAUUGAUGAAUAAAUUUCUCGGAAUAAUUACAAAUCCUUGAAAGCUUAGAAAUGGAGUCUGCAAGUGGUUCUGGUAGUGCUGGUGAUUGUGAGGGAGAGGGAGAAGAAUCUUCUUCAUCUUCAUCUCAUAGCCCUGUUGUAGAAAUCAGCAAUGGCUUGGUCCAAUUGAAUCUUGAUAAGGAGCGCAUGAAAGAUGAGCUCACAGCCUUCCGCAGGGAAUGGAAAAAGGAAUUGGAAGCUACUCCAUCCCCGUGCCAUGAAAGUCGAUCUAUUGAUAAGGCAAAAGCGGACGAGGAACCUCUGACUGAAGAGGAAAAGGCUAAGAAGUUGUUCUUAGGUGGUGUGGAAUUGGAGCGUGCUGGAAAACUUUAUGAAGCCAUCCAGCAUUACAAGAAAUCCAUUCAAAUUGUGCCCGAUAUUGAACGCAGGCUGUUUAAUGAGUUAGAUCUAAUAGAUACUCCUGAAGAGGAAGCAGUGAUCGUUGAAUCGACUCAAAGCAAACUUGCAACGGAUGAUGAUGAAGACGCCGUGGAAGGCGAGGACUUGCUGACUAGGCUGCAAAGAAUAAUGGCGCGAAAAGGUCACCUGUGCGAGCCAGAGUUUUCUACUAGGGGCGCGCACCUGUCGUGGCUGCCGUACGAGGUGGUGCAGCUGGUGCUGCGCUGGGUGGUGGGCGCGGAGUUGGACGCCGUGUCGCUGGAGCGCGUGGGCGCGGUGUGUCGCGGCCUGUUCGUGGCGUCGCGGGCGCCCGAGCUGUGGCGCUGCCUGUGCGUCAGGACCUGGGGUAUCGAGUGCGGCACGCCGCGCGCGCACGGCUACUCAAGCUGGCGGCACAUGUUUGUGGAGCGAGCUCGCCUCAACCUGCACGGCUGCUACAUCAGCAAGACCUCGUAUCUGCGACACGGGGAGAACAGCUUCCAGGAUCACCUCUACCGGCCUUGGUACGUCGUACACUACUACCGCUACCUCAGAUUCUUCCCAGAAGGCUUGGUGCUGAUGUGGACCACGGCUGAGGAGCCGGCGUCGUGUGUGGGAUAUCUCAGGUACCGCGACACGAGGAACAUCCCGGGGAUCGUGUCGGGACAUUAUCGCCUCGUUGGAGACACGGUCGCGAUUGUAAUAAAGAAAUCGAGCAGCGAGAAGAAGCACUCGCAGGCGUCCAACACGCGUUUUCGCUCGAGACGCCGGGAAGUGCACGAACAGCAAGAACAAGUGUUCCAUUUGGAGCUGCAGCUGCUCAGCGUGCGCCUGCGCCGCAACAGCCAGCUGGCGUGGCGCCGCUACGCCGUGAGCACGCGGCGCGACCAGACCUCCGCCUUCGAGCUGGUGGCCGGCAAGUUCCCGCCCUUCGUGUUCAGCGUCGUGCGCUCCUACACCGCCGACAGCUCCGCGCCGCUCUCCUCCGCCUGGUGAGCGCCCGCUCGCCUGUCGCCCGGUACUUGCCCCGCAUCAGAUUGAUCCGUGAUACGAAAAAUUCAUUACAUAACCGAUGAUUCCUAGAUAAAAUUUUAUUUUUAAAUGAAUAUACUUCCUUGUUGCAUCAAUUGCGAGCUAUUAUCAAAGAGGAGAGGCGGAGGAGGAACGAAAGAGUAACGUUGCUGCACGAAGACGCGCCCCUCGCCACACACAUCGGACAUUACGUGUUGACAAAAUUAUUAAGGCGGUGUUACUGACCUCGAUCAUCCUCCGUAUUGUCACGCCUUAGACCUAAGCGACUAUUUCAUCUCAAAUUUGAAUUACGACUAGAAAAAAAAACAUUGAUGAUAAAGUUAAAUAUUGGAUUUUUUUUGAGGUAAAUGACUGGGCCAUAUGAUGGUAAGUGGUAACCACGGCGUAUAGACAUUGGCAUUUUAAAAAAUAUUUAAUAAUGGCGCCGCCGACCUUGGGAAAGAUGUUACGUCCCUCGUGCCUGUAGUUACACUGACUCACUCGCGCUUCAAACCAAUACAAGGUUUGGCUGUAGAAUAUGCGAUGGAUGUGUGUUACCCACUCAGACGAGCUUGCAAAUAUUAAGAGCCUGUGAUUUUAUAGUUUUGGGCUAAAAACUUACUAUGCAUGUAUAAUAACUACAGAUCAUACAAAAGUUAUUAUUUAUUUUAUAUUGUAAUUAAAUUGUAACUUUUUUUUUCUUUUAGAUUUUGAAAUACGCGCAUCUGCACAUAUAAAUUGAUAUUUUAUUUUUAAUUGCUGUUUGAAUUUAGAAUAUAAGAGUUGUUUUAAAAAACUGCUUUUUAUUUUUGUAGAAAAAUUAAAAAAAUAUACUAAAAAUAUUAAUUGUUGCACAUUUUAAUACACAUAUUAUCGAUAAAGAGUGUAUAUUUUUUUUUAAAUAUAUUUAAAAAAAUUAAAUACUGUUAAUAACUACGUUUUUUUUUAAUUUAUAGUAAUUUUUAAAUUAUAGUAAUUUAUAGUAAAUUUAUAGUAAAGGUGACAUUUUUAAAUUAUAGUAAUUUAUAGUAAAUUUAUAGUAAAGGUGACAUCAUGUGAAGUUGAUUACUUGAUUUGAAGGUUGUGUAAUUUACGAUUAUAUAAUUACUGGCAUACAUGGCAAUUGGUAAAUGUGCAAGGUGUAAAAUUUCAAUGGUUUCCAAUAUUUUUCUGUAUGGUAACACUACAUUGUAAUAAUCUAAUCAAUUUUCAUUUCAAAUUGAAUUGUAAAUAAAAUAAACGUAGAAACUUUGUCUUUUAAUGAAUAUGUUACAAUGAAAUAAACUGUAUUUAUCUAUGAUAUUCUAAUUAGAUAUUUCCGUUUUACUAUAGAUAUUUAUUGAGAAUUGCACCCAAUAUAUAGGGAAGCCUAAGAAUUCUACUAACAUGGGGCGGCAGGUCAAAAUCACAGUAAUAAAUUACGCGAAACUCAAAUAUCUAAUAGUACAAUAACUUAUAAAUGACUACAUAUAUUUCAUAAAUGUCUAUAUAAUAUAAUACAUAAAAAGCUUAUAUAGAUGUAAAAUUAAAAACUUGAAACUUACUUCGGAGGUUUCGUUUAUAAAAACG